GGCGCCGUCAUCCCUCGCUCGCACAAAGACAGGGGAAAAAAGAGGAUCUCUCUCUCUCUCUCUACUCCGCUCUGCGCUUGCCAUUUCCCCAAAUCUGUCAGAGAGAGAGAGAGAGAGAGAGAGAGAGCUAGGUUUUCCCUGCGCCCGAGCGAUCCAGCAGGAGCGGCCAUGAACAUCUUCAAGAAGAAGGUCGACCCCAAAGAGGCUCUCAGGACAAGCAAGCGCGAGAUGUCAGUCGCCACAAGAGGAGUUGAGCGAGAGAUUGGCUCCCUGCAAAUGGAGGAGAAGAAGCUGGUUGCUGAGAUCAAGAACACUGCCAAGACUGGAAAUGAGGCUGCAACCAAAAUUCUAGCCCGGCAACUAGUCAGGCUUAGGCAACAAAUCGUCAAUUUACAAGGUACACGGGCGCAGAUACGUGGAGUAGCUACUCACACACAGGCAAUGUAUGCUGGAACUUCAAUAUCUGCUGGAAUGAAAGGCGCAAGCAAAGCGAUGGCAGCAAUGAAUAAGCAAUUGGAACCAACGAAGCAGAUGAAGCAGAUGAGAGAAUUCCAGAAGCAAUCAUCUCAAUUGGACAUGACGCUUGAGAUGAUGUCUGAUGCCAUUGAUGAAACACUAGAUAAGGAUGAAGCUGAAGAGGAAACAGAAGAGCUCACGAACCAGGUUCUGGAUGAGAUUGGUGUUGAUGUGGCUUCGCAGCUGUCUUCUGCACCUAAAGGCCGUAUUGGAGCCAGUAACAAGAAAGCCGAGAACAACCAAGCACGGAAUGCGGCUCCAGCGAAAAAUGUGGCGCCUGAACCUAAUGCCGCUGAAGUUGAUGAUCUGGAGAGGAGAUUGGCAUCUCUCCGCCGCAUCUGAGUUGCUGCUGCAAGAAAGUUUAUAUAGCCUUAUAUAUGUAAAUCUGUUUACUGGUGCCUUGUUUCCAAAUUCUGGUAGCUUAAUAUUGUAACCAGGAAACAAGCUAGUACAUGUGACUUAAUAGAACCUGAGUUUUCUGUUUGGUGUAGCAUAAACUGUCCUGUUGCCAAUCGAAUGUGGCUGAAAAGAAAUAUGGUGGAGCAUAAAUUAUUUAUGAAGUGAACAAAUUACACAA